AUGAUCUUAAGAAUAUAUGGGCAAUUGGUCGACAGCAAUGCUCUUUUGAUAUUCGAGGAUAAGUUUGUUGAAUUGCUCGAUGGAGGAAAUCGGGAGAGAGUUGAGAAAGUCAGUGUUAAAAGAGAAAUAUUGGUUAAGAAGGACAUGGAAUUCAUGGUAGCUAUGAAUAAAGAAACAAUUUUAAAAUGUUUUCAUGAUGAGCAAAAUAUUCAUCGUGUUCUUUCCCAUCUAUCUACUAAGUAUGGACUGUACCCUGAAGCACAGAGCCAAUGGAUGCCAAAUCCCCCAGUUUUUCCUCCACUUUGUGCAGCUCAGAUUACAAGUGUAAAUCUUGCGUGCUGUAUGCUACCAUUAACACAUGUCCCUCCACCAAAGCCUUCCCCUCCCUCCCCUCCUUCCUCGGACAAAGGUCGAAGACACGGGCACAGGCACGAGCACGAACACAAACACGAACACGAACACGAACGCGAGCAUGAACAUGGUCACGGUCACGGGCAGAGGCAGAGACAGAGGCUGAGGCACGGACACGGACACGGACACGGGCACAAGCACGGGCACGGAGAAACGUCUAUUGAAGAUGAAUGCUGUCUAUGGUUAAAAGCAGUUGACAGAGUGUGUGUUUGUGGGCUGCUGAUGUACUUGCCAUCUUUUCUUUCUAGACCUUUACACAAUUACACUUUGGCGGUUGAUGAUUUGUGUAAAAUGACUUUUCAGUGUGGAUCAAGCUGGAUGGAGGUCUAA